AUCCGAUGCACAUCUCCUCCGCCUAUCAAGCAAACCAAACAGCAGGGGUCCUAUUUAUACCCAACAUUUCCUCUCCAUUUUCGACACCCACCACCGGCCUUUCCCACUCCCAACACCAAAGCCCAGAAAACUGCACCUGAGCCCUUUCUCUCUCUCUUUCCCCUGCAUUCCCGCUUCCCCUGUUUCCUUCCCAUCCACAGAGAGAAAGCGGCCCGUUACUCUGUUUUCUGGGCAGAGCUCGAAAUGGCAAUGGCAGCAAGGCAGCUGGUGUGUCUCUUGAUCCUCGCCAUUCUCGGUCUCUCCAUGAUCUCCACCGAGGUUAUGGCCAGGGGGAAGAAUUACGGACCUGGAAGUGUGAAGAGCUACCGAAUGCGGGUCGCAGUGCAACAGGAGGUGCGGCAACACGCAGUACAGGAACGCGUGCAUCCUGUUCUGCAACAAGUGCUGCCGGAAGUGCCUCUGCGUCCCACCGGGCUACUACGGCAACAAGCAGGUCUGCCCUUGCUACAACAACUGGAAGACCAAAGAAGGAGGCCCCAAGUGCCCUUAAGUCUUAACUUCCCCAUUUAUUGAUUAGUUUAAUCAUCACAACUAAUUGAUAUUCAUGUGUCCGGUGGUCCCUUCUUCGUCUUCUGUUGUCCUUUAAUGAUCAUCAUGUUCUUUCCUACUUACUAUUAUUAUGUUGCUAAAUUCCCAGAAAUUAUGAUUGGGAAAAGGUGGUUUAGUUGUUAA